AUGUCUUCUCAUGAAACUUUCAGGAUUAAGUGGUUCCUUGCAAAAAAAUCAAAACAAGAUCUUCCUGUUUCUCAGUGGAUUCACAUGAAAAGUGGAAAUAAAAUCAAGGAUAACUGGAAAAGAAGUCACUGA